AUGUCCUACAGCGAGAAGGCGAAUACUGCCCUUAUCGACGUGAUUGAGAAGGCUAGGAGGGAUGCCGAGAAUAGUCAGGGGAAGUACAUGGCGUUUGAAAUACAAGGCGCUGCUAGGCGUAAAGUUGAUGAGGACGAUCUGGUCGCCUACUGCAACGUGUGGUACAAGAUUGAGAGGGACAAAUUCGAGGAGGGCUGGCGUCCGGAAAUUGGGAGGAAGACCGAAUCGGGUCGUGGGUGGUUGCCUGACAGGACGGGUAUAUUCCUGUUGAGUAGUCACAACACCGGUCCAUGGGGUGUAAAGGUUCAAGGACGUGUUGACAGUGUGAGGGCGAUGGCUGUGUUAGGGGCAGGCUAUGCUCUGGGUAUAUCACCCAAUGCGGCUAUGGUGUGUCCGGUCGCCAGCGACUGGUGGGAUUGGCUAGAAGAUCUCAACUUGGUCCGGGAGCGUCCACCGGCUACUUGUGUGAAGAGGCAGCCCGAGGAGAAGGGGAAAAAGGCUAAAUACCGAUCGUAUACCCAGGACUCCACAGCCAAGACUUCGGUGGCUGUGAGGCAGUAUAAGCAGGUUAUGUGGACCGACAGAUGCCGUCAGCAUGUGGAGGCAGCUAGGAAGGACAUUGAGACGUGCCCUCCACCAUGGAAGAGGCUAGAGGGCUCUGCUGCCCAACAGAAAUAUGAGAAGGUUUUUGAGCAAGUACAGCGGGCAUAUCAAGGAGGAGACUAUAUACGGGCUGAGUUGGAUUAUGGGCUCACUAUCACCACUGGCAACCUAAUAUGGUACUGUCAGCAGAUCUGGCCGGACUGUGUGUUGGACAAGUUGGGAACACGUUGGAGGCCACGGAGCAGUACAGUUGGGUGGAAGAGCAAACAGAAGGAUUCUCGUUCCUAUCCUGGGGACAAGGGAGGGGUCUAUCUACCUGAUGAUACUCAUAAGGCGGUGGCUUGCAUCGGAACUCCUGCUAUGUGCCGAGCAGUGAUGCCCAUCCUGGCUGCCAUUGCGGCUGGUAUACCCGACGCUCGUAUGGUGGCUCAGAACGCUCCUCAGUUUGAGAUUUUCUGGGAGUAUGUUGGGUGGAAUAAAAAUAUGCCGCCACCAGAGGCACCCAAUGAGAAGCCGAGUGGCUGCGGGGCGUGGAGGCAUAGUAGAGCCUACGAUGAGGAGAACGUAGAUGAUGACGACUUCAUGGCUCGUCUGUUCAAGCGGGAGAACGACGCCAUGUUGGAACUGCAGUGGUAUAAUGUGGGAGAGUAUAACAGGACCAACGGCCAGUGGUGUGGGGGGGAGUGCAUCCCGGGGGUAUCGUGGAGUCGGGAUGACUUUGUCGAUAACCUCAUGUUGUGGUGGGGGGAUGCUGUCGUUGAGGAGGUGGGAAGGUUCCGCUACCGAGCUAGUUUCAUGGAUAAGGGGGGCCUAGUGCUGGAUAUAGGCGGUGCAUAUACUUCUCUGCAGAGCAAGGAGGCAUGGGCACAGGCUAUGAUGUGUAUGCUUGGUUCGAUAAUGGCCGGCAUCCCCGCUGAGAUAGCCGCCUUAAUCCCGGCCAGCGACCCUUUCUGGGACUUCAUCUGUGAAAAGGAAGGCCCUGAGGUUGUCAGGAUACAGAGAUCGAAAAUUCGCUCGGCGAGGGACGCUCGUUUUGGGCCGGACUGGCAAACUGAAAGGCAUAAGAGAGAGAGCAAGGGGAAGCCUGAGGGGAAGUUCCAACCUAGGGUCCCUAGUGGGGCCUCAUCGAGCCAUCAAAGGGAUGAUACCCCGGCUUAUGUGGAGCACAAGAAGCACGUGAGCAAGCAGUACAGCUCUGCGGAUGCUGGUGGUGGGAAGUCUCCUGAGAAGAAGCCUGUUAAACAGCCAGUGCUGCCUUCGAGUACGGCGCCAGUCGUGGGUGACCCGAAUGAGAUGUGGGAGACGAGUGGUACUGUCACUGCUGCCCUGAAGUACAUCCACGACAAUCCGGAGUACGCCAGUAUGAAACGUGGAGAAAAGUUUCAUUGCAAGUAUGAGACUGCUAUGAUGUACUACGGAACGAAGGAGGACGAUGGAGAGGGGAAAUGGCUGCCGAAAUAUGUGGUUGCUUGGUCUCAGAACAACCGCAGUAGAGGAGCUUAGAGGCUUGAAGGUUGAACGAGGGAUGAGUGCUCUUAUCAUGAAUAUGUUUUACGA